GUCACGAUUUAGACUGUGCCGGUGAAUAAUCGGUCGGAAACGAAACGCUGCUCUUACAAUAGCCGAUUGUGGGAUCCGUGGACUGUGCGAGGACACGGAGAACAAUCGUGCGAGACACCGUGUGGCACGCGUGUGCCAUCGAUUGCUCGAUACGGCUCGAUUCGACUCGAUUCGACACAGGUAAUCCGCGAUCGAGUCCCUGCUUGCUUCUUAGAGUCGCGCCCGUAAUUGCUUUCCAAGCCGGAUUGAUUUACGCUGAUGUUCUUAUCGGUUGCGAUCGUCAUGCCACAGUGUGAAGUUCUAUGAUUCGUCGGUGAAAAUUAGCAGGGAUGAAUAUGGUAAUUGUCGGUAGUGAUAAUCGCGAAUCCACGCGGGUCAGUCCGGUCUUGACGCGCUCGCCUAGCGUUUCCUCGUUGACGAUGUUGGAUUCGGGAAAUGGAGGUGUCUUGCCAUUUUCUGGGUGGUCAACGAUGCAGAAUCGAGUGGCGAGCACCGAGAGUCGAGAGGCGGAAGAGCAGGGUAGCAGCACGACCUCGCCCUCGGAGGGCAGGCACGCCGACGGGACAUCCGGCUCGUCCGUCCUCGAGAUGGGCAGCACGGAUUCGGCGGGCAGCGCCCACAGUGGCGGCCCUUCCUGUGGCCUGGUCAGCUCUCUUUUCCCGAGCAGCUGUCGUGGACGUGCCGAGGCGUUCGCCAGACGCCUUCAUCGACGGCUCACGUCGCUCGGAAGCGAGGAAAGUUCUCAGCGAAACGAGGACUCCUCGAUGCCCAAAGAGACCUCCUGGUUGCGCUCCACGUCCGCGGCCAAGACUAUGCUGAACAACACGGCGAACAAUCACGUUCUUCAGCACCAACCGCGUCACAAUCCAGACACGGACCUGUGUUACGACUUUGAUCUCGAUUUCGAGGAUGGCCUCAGCUCGCCCGCGGAGGAAGCCACUGCAGCAGAAGUGGCGGACCUGGUUGUGAAUCCGGAGGUACUCAAGAAUCAUCGCAGUAUCCAUCACAGUUCUCCCAACGGAUCGAAAGCUAUGCUGUCUAGCAUAGACUCCGAGUCAGGGUACGUCUACGCGUCACCUCUGCUAGGAACGUCUCCAGACAGCGAUUCCUCCGAUAUAUUCUUCGACCCGGAAUCGUCAGACGUGGAGAAGGCUAAGAACGAGGUGUUCUUUGAUCCCGUAACCACCUCGGAGAGCGAAAUGACUACCUCGAAUCUCUCGAACGGCUGCGACACCGUGAAGGCCAAGAACUUGUCCUAUCGCAGGAGGCCGGACAUCAGCGUGGAACAUUCCGAGGACACGUCGGAGUCGAGUGCUUCGUUCAGAAGGAACAACUUUUGCGAUAAGGAGCCGAGGAAGAACGACUUGACGUGCAGUUCCGAGGAUUCCAACGACAGAAGCUCCCAAGACACCACCACGUCUCCUAGCCAAGAGUCUCUCUGGAGCACGUUCGACGAGAGUACCAUGUCCCUUCAGGACGAAAGUCCCUCGAAAAAUAACGCUAGCUUCGUCACUAUUCAGAACCGACUGCCCAAGUCGCAUUCCGAUUCCGAGAUACCCGUCCAUGGGCCUAAGAUAAUGAUCACUUCCGCGCUGAGCAGGAGGGACGAGAAUAUAGAGGAAGGAACCGACGAGGUGGACUUCGUUAACGGGCUGUCGGAGAACGGCAAAUUGGAGGAUAUCAAGAACGCGAGGAACCUCGCGAAGGAGGACUCCCCGGAUUCCUCGGACAACACAUUCGAGGAGGAUCUUCCGUUCGACGAAGAGAAAGCCAGCGAUCCGUCGAUGCAACAGACGAAGAACGCUCUGAAUCUGAAGACAGAUGAGAACACCGGCAACGAGACUGACGACCAUUCGACGUACAGUAGCAUGAUCAGCAUUCCCGGUGCUCUCACUCUGGAGUGUCCCACAGGCGAGCGAGUGGUCGAGACGACGGUGAAGAACGAGGUACAGUUACAGAUAGAGAACGGGACUGUAAUCAACAGCAGCGACGAGGACAAGAUGUGCCUUCUGCUGCAGAAGCUCGCGACCAAUCCGACCGUCAAGGAAGACGUCCACGUGUCGGACCAGGAGCCGCAAGAGGGCAGCAUCGAGGAAGAGGAGGAAGAGGAGAGACCUCAGAAGAUCAGACGCUGCUCUUCCCUGAAAACGGGAAAAACGCCACCCGGCACACCUGGAAGAAAGAAGAUCGUUCGAUUCGCGGACGUUCUAGGCCUAGAUCUCGCAGACGUGCGAACGUUCCUCGACGAGAUCCCUAAAGUACCGAACUCAGCCUACAGUGACCUGAUCUACGACGACAUCUUCCAGAAAGACACCAGUCCGGUGAACACGUCGCCGAAUACCACCCAAUGGGGGACCAGGUACGUGGACAGCAGGCGUGGCUCAGGUUGCACGAUGCCUCCGCGCAAGCUGGACAGAACUCUGGUGCCUCUGUUCCAACAACCAGCCGGUCUACCAAACUUUCUGGAUCUGGUCCGCGAGCGUCGAGUGUGCCUGGAGAACGUGCUCGUUCAGGACCCGAUUUCUCUCUGUGUCCAGGGUACAGUCCGCGUGAUCAACCUGGACUUCCACAAGUCGGUGCACAUUCGGUACACGCUGAACUCGUGGCGGAACUUCAGCGACCUGCAGGCCACCUACGUGCCGAACUCGUGCGACGGUUUCAGCGACAAAUUCUCGUUCAUCCUGUACUGUCACACGCUGCCGGUCGGCCAGAGGCUCGAGUUCGCGGUUCGAUUCCAGUGCAAGGGCGAGCAGUACUGGGACAACAACGCCGGAGCCAAUUACUGCUUCCAGUGUUUGCCGGCGUCCUCCGCCGUUGGCUACAUACCGAUCACGGCACAGGAGAACCAGCAGCACGAGUGGUCGCCUGUGUUCUACUGAUGGACGCCAUGGUGUUUGCACGGGUUGCCGGGACGGAGACACGGCGAUGCUUCACGAAGACAAGGAGUCUAAAGUGGACCCGAAUAAGGCUAACAAGCGACAGACAGAGAGACAGAGGGAGAAAGGAAGAGAGAGCCUACGGUUGUAUAAACGUUCCUAGAGUAUACCUACUGUACAUAACUGUCCUAUUCUCGAGUCGAUUGAAGGAACGAAGAGGCAGAUCGGAGAGCAGGGAUCGCACUGGCGUCAAUUAUUCUUUCCUGCCCGUUUUCCGACCAGCCUUUCAGUGGACUGGAGAAACUCGACGCACCUGUUAGACUGACAUUUUUUACACGUUCGUUGUUCCUUGUUUACGAGCGAGAAUAUGUAUUCGGGAUAGACGCGAUGGCACUUCGAUGGACGAACAGGACGCCGGUGGUUGAGAGAAGAAAUACCGAGUAGCUCUUCGGACCUGACACGUAUAGAAGAGGAUCGAUCUUCGCGAUGAAGGAGUCUGCAAGCUUGCCAGUCGCCAUAGUAUUCGGAACGCGACCAAGCAUGAAGCAUUCGAACUGUCCGGGAGAUCAUGGGAGAUUAUUUUCACGUUCCUAGAAAGUACCUAAUUCUACAGACUUUGCGCCGCAGCUCACUCUAACCGCGUCUCCAAGAUCAUCCGCAAUCUCACCGAUGAUCGCGACGCGAGACGUUGGGACAGAGGUCGAUGAUUACGAAAGAAACCGUUGAAACGGAAACGAGACGUUCGUUGGAAGGAUUCUAGGGGUGGUAGUGCUUCGAGAAGGCGAAAUCGAAGGCUCUUUGGUUUUGUUUCUUUUCCUUUUUUUUUUUCUUUUUUUUUGUUUUAACUAUUAACGAUAUCUCACGUAGUUGCACGAGUAUUCUCGAACCGAUUCGUUAGAGUCGAAUCUACGACCUCUCGAUGAACUUUAAUCCACGGGAAACGUAACUGCCGAGGAAAUUCUCAGCGACGACCAGUCCGGGGUCUCGCUUGUGACACUUUUCUUUAGCUCACCGACACGUAGUCCCUGUAUUUUUUAGCGUGCCAACGCUUCGAAACGGAAGUACUUUUAUUCGUUUAAUCAAAACGUUCAACCUGUGCCAAUCUGAUCCAGUGCCAUUGCAUGAGCUGUAACGUCGGGAAAGCCGGAGAGAAAACGAAAACAAAGAGAAAAAUAAGAAAAGCACACGAAUGGGAAUCCAAGUGCCCACGUGAUACGAUAUUCACGAACAGUUUCGUUUCGAGAGCGAGACGUGACAGUUGACGAGUACCACGCUGCCCAACAGGGCUGUUCCUCAUCCUCGAUUCUGGAUCUCAUUCGCCCAACGAUCGUCGCGAACCAGAAAGACCGAGGCCCGAUCGAUUAAUCGUUGAACACCCGUAUCGCUGUAUAAAUCUCCAAGACGAUGAUUACUCACCGAUCAUCAUUCGUUAUUGUUAUUUUAUCACGUGUAUCCGUACUACUGUUAGGGGUGCCAGCAACGCGACGAAUCUUUUAACCACACCGUUAUCGCGGAACAGAGAGUUCCAUACCUUCGACAAUAGAUACCUACCCUUUACGUCAGCGUUAACUAAUUUUAGAUCAGAACUGAUUCGUGAUCCGAGGACUUCCAAUUGUUCGUCCUGGUGGUGCGGAUAUGUACAUAUUAUACCUCACGAGGACCACACGGGAGAUAAGAUCCCACGAUUUCGACCGAGACCAGGAUCCUUCCUCGAAGAUCCACACGCAGUCCAUCUUCGACACAGGGUCCAUUGUCGCUGGCGUUCGUGCUACCCGGCAAGAGGAAUAAGCGACUAACUUGCGUAGCGAUCAUAUAGCGUUGUCAAAGUGACUCGAGUUGGCGGUUGAUCGAAACAGAGCCGAGAAAGGAACAUUUUCAGCGCGUUGGCAUCGAAGAUCGCGAGUCAGAGUUCUAGGCAGAUCGGGCCUAAAGAGCAACUCUGUCGCGUGCACGAGGUAGCAUUGGCUAAUUCGAUCGAUUUGUCCGUCGAUCUGAGAACGGCGAGUGACAUUUAACGAUCGUUGGCCAGAUUGCUUACUCGGUAUCGCCUGGACGAGCGACCACGUUAGCGACGAACCGGUAUCGCGAUCGACCACGCGUUCACCCUCGGGUAUAGAGAUAACCAGAGAGACCAUAGUCGUAGGGUGCACUUGGCGUUGGAAACCACGGGGUAUAUAGUAUUUCACGGCACCGCGAUAUUUUUGGUAACGUUUAAGCGUUUCAUUUGUAAUUCCGACCACCGUUACCCAGGUAGCAGUUGCAAUACGAAGUCGAUAGGGAAACGAACGAGACGAUAUUAAGAUUACGCUAUAUAUUCGUAAGAUAUUUUUUCUAAUAGUUUUCAUCGUGAACAAGUGCUUUCUAUAACGUACACGGAGAACGUGGACGCAGUGAAAAUUGUACAUAGGCGGCGUCAGUAUUGGUGGGCAAGUGUGUCUCGAGGACUAACGGGGGUUAGGUUUUCGUAGCUCGGUCAACCCUUAACCGCGAUGUACACCGUACGCGAGCUUUCUUCCAAUCAUGUUCGCUGCACACCACUUUUUAUUCUACUGUACAUAUCAUCGACACGUUUUUACACGAUAUACGAUAUCCACGCGAGAAUGUAAUCGAGUCUUUUCGGUAACUUUUGCCAUUUUUUCUUUGUUUUUCUCCGAUCUUUUUGUACGAUCGACGUCGAUCUUUUCUAAUUUUAUAUCGAACGCAUGGCAGAUAUCGUUACACCUUGCUAUUUUACCCGCUUUAUUUUAUCGUUAUCGUUAACUUGGGGACAGAAUACUUAUUAAUCGAUCCGUUUUCUCAUUCUUCUUCUUUUUAUCCUUACUCUUCCGUGUCUCGCUGAGGGAACAGUUUAAACGGGAGAUGUUUAACCACUCGCGCUGGAAACACGUGCCACGCACGUCGUAAUGCUUUUGUCGUAAUACAGAAUCGCCAACGACGUGGUACAC